GUGCCUUGCCAUCUCAUUGGUCUAGACAGACGUCAAUCAGUAGAUUAUCCUUGUCGGGGUAGGUUGAUUACGGUCUGCGGCGCUGAGCUGAGCGGUGCUGGGAGAAAACAGUGCAUUUAAAACCGCCCAGGGAAGACACCGCAUUUACGAGCGGAGUUUUGUUUUUUUGCUGCCUCCCUCCUCCUCGGCCCUGUUUCAGUCUGUCCGGUCCAGAAUGAGUCGUUCGAGAGGAAUGCAGCACCGGCUUACCUGAGCAAGUGGACACCUUUUCUUUGAAAGCCAUUUCCAGACACUUAUUCAGCUCUGUCUUUUCCCCCCCUUUUGAAAUUUAAUUUUAAUUGGAUGUCUUGUUGUGUUACUGCUACUGCCUUGUGUGUCUGCCUGAGUGUUUUCCUUUGCAAAGAAAAACGAGGUUAUGUAGCAAAAGCAGCACCAGAACAACAGGUUUUCUCCCUCCAUCAUCAUCAUCUCGUUCCUCUUUCCUCCUGCUGUCCCAAUCGUUUAUUCUUUUGCCGGGUGGUGGUGCAGAAGAUGGGAUUACCUGCCCUGGAAUUCAGCGACUGCUACCUGGACAGUCCACAGUUCAGGGAGAGACUCAAGUCCCACGAACUAGAGCUGGACAAAACCAACAAGUUCAUCAAAGAGCUGAUUAAAGACAGCAAGGCUCUGAUCCAGGCUUUGAAAAGUCUGUCGACAGCGAAGAGGAAGUUUGCUGACUCUCUCAAUGACUUUAAAUUCCAGUGCAUUGGAGAUGCUGAGACGGAUGAUGAGAUAUGCAUAGCCAAGUCACUUCAGGAGUUUGCAGCAGUUUUACAGAACCUGGAGGAUGAACGGACACGAAUGAUCGAGAAUGCCAAUGAUGUGUUAAUUUUGCCGCUGGAGCGGUUCAGGAAGGAGCAAAUCAGUGCAGCCAAGGACGCCAAGAAAAAAUAUGACAAAGAGACGGAGAAGUAUUGUGCAGUACUGGAAAAGCACCUUAGCCUCUCAGCAAAGAAGAAAGAGGCACAUCUACUUGAGGCGGACAACCAGGUAGAUAACGUGAGGCAGCACUUCUACGAGGUUUCUUUGGAAUACGUCUUCAAGGUGCAGGAAGUCCAAGAGAGGAAGAUGUUUGACUUUGUGGAGCCUCUGUUGGCAUUUCUUCAAGGCCUUUUCACCUACUAUCACCAUGGCUACGAGUUGGCAAAGGACUUUAAUCACUUCAAGACCGACCUCACCAUCAGCAUACAGAAUACGAGGAACCGUUUUGAGAGCACGCGGUCAGAGGUUGAGAGUUUGAUGAGGAAGAUGAAGGAGAAUCCACAUGAACACAAGAGUGUCAGCCAGCACACGAUGGAGGGCUACCUGUAUGUGCAGGAAAAGCGCUCAUUUGUAUCUACUUGGGUGAAGUACUACUGUACAUACUACCGUGAGUCCAAGAAAGUCACCAUGGUCCUGUUUGACCCUAAGUCUGGAGGUAAAACGGGAGAGGAGGAGAGCUUUAUUCUCAAGUCGUGCACCAGAAGGAAGACUGACUCGAUAGAAAAGCGGUUCUGUUUCGAUGUGGAGGCUGUGGACAGGCCGGGAGUGAUCACCAUGCAGGCUCUGUCGGAAGAAGACCGUAGAUUGUGGAUGGAGGCCAUGGAUGGGAGAGAACCGGUGUACAACCUCAAUAAAGAUAACCAGAGUGAAGGCAUGGCCCAGCUGGAUGUCAUUGGGUUCAACGUGAUGAAAAAAUUCAUCUAUGCGGUGGAAACGCGAGGUAUCGAUGAACAGGGCUUGUACAGAAUCGCUGGCGUCAACUCCAAAAUACAAAAACUACUGAGCUUGGCUAUGGAUCCAAAGACGUGUGCUGACGUAGAGCUGGAAAGCCCAGAGUGGGAGAUUAAAACAAUAACUAGUGCUAUCAAGCACUAUCUCAGAAUGCUACCUGCACCUCUCAUGACAUACCAGUACCAGAGGAGCUUUAUAAAAGCUGCCAAGAUGGACAAUCCAGAGGCUAGAGUAACAGAGGUCCACGCGCUAGUGCAUCGGCUACCAGAGAAGAACAGACAGAUGCUGGAGCUGCUGGUGAAGCACCUGGCCAAUGUGGCCAGUCACCAUCAACAAAACCUCAUGACCAUUGCCAAUCUGGGUGUAGUCUUUGGACCAACUCUUCUCCGCCCACAGGAGGAGACUGUUGCAGCCAUCAUGGACAUUAAAUUCCAGAACAUUGUUGUGGAGAUCCUCAUAGAGCACCAUGAGAGGAUAUUCAGGGACAUGCCGAAUUCUUCUUUGUCCAACACGCAGCUGAAAACGCCCAGGAGGAGGAGCACAGACAGCAAAACUCCUUCUUGCAGCGAAAGGCCACUCACGCUUUUCCACACCCCGACACAUGCCCACAAGGGUGAGAAAAGGAACAGUGUUGGCAACACCACAGCUUCUGACCUGCAACACUCGGUGUCCUCGUCUGCUAACUGUAACAGCAGCAGCAGCAGUAGCAGCAGCAGCAGCCAAGGUCGAACCCCGAGACACAGCCUGACAAGCAAUGAUGGAGAGCAGGACAGCCGGCAGAACCGGCCCACAUCACUGCUGAACCCGAAGCCUCGCGCCAGCAUACCAACAAGUGCAACGUCUUCCAGUCCCACUUCACCACGUUCGCCCUCCUGGCCGAUGUUCUCAGCCCCUUCCAGUCCACAGCCAAUAUCUUCUGCCUCCAGUGACUCCUCCCCUGUCAGUUUCACGGGCAGAAAAGCUCGAGCUCUGUACGCCUGCAAGGCAGAGCACGACUCUGAGCUGUCCUUCAUCGCUGGGACCAUCUUUGAGAAUGUUCAUACUUCCAGGGAGCCUGGCUGGUUGGAAGGGACUCUUGAUGGGCGAACAGGACUGAUACCAGAGAACUAUGUUGAGUUUGUAUAAUUUAACGGCAUACAUGAACUGGAAGAUUGUGGAUGGGAGUAGACCAAACUGGAUUUUAAUGAACUAUAUUUAACUUCAGAAAACUAAACAGAUUGAGGAUACAGGCUCAAUCACUUCUAUUGUACUGGACGGACCAACGCAGAUAAGGUGACUUUUUGUUUUGAUCAGACUGGAUACUGAAACUGGACCAAGCAGAACCAUAUCCAAUAGAUAUGACACAAAAACAAAGCAUACCGAAGUGGGGAGAGAACCCUGAAUUGCACUGGGGAAUGAAAAUAUAUAUAAAAAGACGAGACUGAUUUUAUUUGAUUAGUGUGCGUGGCUUUUAGUCUUGGUGAAGACUAUAUGGGAACAAACCCAAAUUUGUGUGUGUGUGAGCGAAAGAGAGAGAGAACAGUGGGAGGAAGUUAGACAAACUUGUAUAAAUGAUUUGAUAUUUUUCAGCUGCAAUGUGUGUGAGUUUUUUGCUUUUAUAUUUUGAACUGCACUGUCCCUCACCCCAACCACCUUUUCCACACACUCCUUUUUUUGGUUAGGUAUAAAUAGGCAACUCUUUCUGCAGAGAUGUUGACAGGACAUAUUAACUUUGGACUUCACCUAUUGUAGAAUUGAUUAGUAAUGCCAAAUGGGACAGUUAAGCUUUAAAAGUUGACUUAAAUGAUUGGGUUUGGCUUUAUGGCUGUAAAUGUGUGAGCACUUGCUGCAGAAGUGCAGUUAUUGCCUGGGACAAGACUCAACCUGGCUAAUAUUUCAGAGCUCCAGUUAAGCAUCAGGAGCCCCCGGGCAGGUCAGCACAGGAUGAGGUUUCUUUGGAACUAGUUUGCUUAAAGGUCAGCUAUGGGUUUCUCUUUAUUUCGAAUUUUUCCCCUGCAGAGCCCUCGCAUAAAAUGCGAAAAAUUUCAAAUAAUCCCCACAAGCCGAUCAGCAAUUUAAAAUGCAACAAAGGCAGAACAGCUGAUUCCUGUCAGUUAAAACAAGCCCAGCUGUGAGGCAUCACGCUGUAUGGAGGCAUGUAUGCACCAUUUCAGUCCAUUGAGGAAGAUUGAAUGAACUUGGGAAAAACAUGUUUAUUUAUAUCGUCUUGAUGCAUUCUCUAUCAUCCAGGAAAAUAAAUCUCCAAAAGUUGGUUCUGUUCAUCUGGACGUAGCGUUUUCUGGGAGAAACGUUUCGUCACUCAUCCAAGUGACUGAAGAAGUCACUUGGAUGAACAGAAUCAACUUUUGGAGAAUGUUUAUUUAUAAUAUUUUCUUUUAGUUUUAGCCAUUAUGCAGAUUUAGUUACUUGGUUAUCUUGGAUGCUUAAAUCUUGACAGCACGGCGUGACUGAAAAAUUGAAAUAAUUUUGAAAGUCAAGGUAUCACACAGUCUUUGUUGUUCCAUGCCCUUUAUACCUCAUCGCUUUACUUUAUAUUUCAAAAAAAAUGUAAAGUUAAGCAUCCCUCAAGAGUUGAACAUUCAUAGUUUCUUCUUUACGCCUAAUUUUACCAGGGCUUUCCUGUGUAGGAAACAAGAUUACAUGAUUAUCUAAUUUAACCAUGGCUGACCUAUUUGAGUUAUUCUUUGAUCAAAAAUUUACUGGCCAGCCUGUAAUUUGUAAAUACAUUCAGUUCAGAUACUUGAAGGGGGAAAAGGUAAUAGAUUUUUCAGAAUUGUUUUUACUUGUGUAUAAAAGCUGGUCAGCUUUGUGGCUCCAAUGAAUGUUGCCAUUUUCUUGCUCAUUCCUUGAACCACUUGUUAAGAAAAGUUUGUUUUCUUUUUUCCCCACUUUAUCCAGUAUCCAGUUUAUAAAUUCAACAGAAAAAUCAAAUGGGAGAGUAAAAAAAGCUUAAAUGUGAAAUAAGACUACUUUAUUCAAAUUGAAAUUUUUUAUUUAUGAGAUUACUUAAAGGCUAAAUCCUGCACGGCAUUCUUUUUGGGGUGUUUUCUUGACUUUGUAAAUAAAUACACAGUAUUUGAUAAGGUAUACUUUUUUCAUUAUGAAAUUUUAUAUUUUGUAUUUUUAGUAUACUAAUUUAAUUCCUUAAUUCCAUCUUUGUUGCCCUGAUUUUUUGUAUCAUUUAAAUCCUGCAGCCUUAAAUAUUCUUUCGAAUGUUUUUGUGAAAAAUGCGCAGAAUUAAAGACAAAUCUUGAACAGC